GGAUGGGGCUCGCUGCUAUUUGCUGCGGGCGUGAGCUUCUACUAUGCCAAGAAAAGCAUCAACGAACGGAGAAGAGAACAGGAUUUGGCCGGAAGUAGGCCGGUUGAGAAACUGGAUUGUGAGUUACAACAAGAUCUUUCACCCUAUCUAACAUCCUCCUAUUCCUCGAAUUUGGCGCCGCAUACAACCCUGGACUGUCUCACGGACUGA